AUGCCAGCUGAAUACACGUUGACUAAAGAUGCUCCUGCGCCAUUACCAGGUAUCUAUUCCCAAGCUGUUCGAGCGGGUAAUUACGUCUAUACGAGUGGUUCGGUAGGUAUGACCAAAGAAGGUCAGAUGGUCCCAGGUACGGUCCAAGAUCGUACUCGUCAGGUUAUCCAAAACCUCGAAGCUGUCCUCAAAGGUUCAGGAAUGAGUUUGAAGAACGUCGUCAAAGCCAAUAUAUAUUUGUCCAACUUGUCGAAAGAUUUCAAUGCUGUCAAUGAGGUGUACAAGGAGAUGAUGCCUGAGCCUAAACCCGCUCGGACCUGCGUUGGAGUCGCAGAGUUACCUGCUGGAGGGACCGACGUGGAGAUUGAAUUUGUAGCUUAUGACGGUUAG